GUGGAGCUGACACCCCCAGGAACCUCUCAGCUGCCUCCAUGGACCCCCAGAGCAGCACUGAGCCCCCAGACCUCGACAGUUUUCCCCUGAAGCACUCCAACACACUGACCAACAGGCAACGAGGCAAUGAGGUCUCAGCCCUCCCAGCCACGCUGGACACACUGUCCAUCCACCAACUUGCAGCCCAAGGGGAGCUCAGCCAGCUCAAAGAACACCUUAGGAAAGGUGAGAACUUGGUAAAUAAACCUGAUGAGAGAGGUUUCACCCCCCUGAUCUGGGCUGCAGCCUUUGGUGAGAUCGAAACUGUCCGUCACCUGCUGGAAUGGGGUGCUGAUCCCCACGUGCUGGCAAAGGAGAGGGAGAGUGCCCUGUCCCUGGCCAGCAUGGGUGGCUACACUGACAUUGUCACCAUGCUGCUGGAGAGGAACGUGGACAUCAACAUCUAUGACUGGAACGGUGGCACUCCCCUGCUCUACGCCGUGCGCGGCAACCACGUCAAGUGUGUGGAGGCUCUGCUAGCUCGCGGCGCUGACCUGACGGAGGAGGCAGAUUCUGGCUACACCCCCAUGGAUCUGGCUGUGGCUCUGGGACACAAGAAAGUCCAACAGGUUAUAGAGAAUCACAUCCUCAAGCUGUUCCAGAACAAGGGGCUGGAGUGAUGUGGUGG